AUUGAUGCAGAUAGUGACUAUGCAUGAUCGGUGGGAAGCUUACAGAGGAGAAAGCACAAAUUCUAAAGAUCUUAUAUUUACAUUGAGAAAAUCAUCGCUAUUGCAGUUGAAGGCAAAACUAGAUGUGUUUCUAGCUGAUAAUACCAAAGAAGAUGUUUGUGAUUUUAAAGUCAAAGGUAGUUGGUUGGAACGAUCUUGUAUUGUUUAUGCUGGUGAUACUAACAACAUUGUUGCACAGAUGCACAAAAAGCACACUAUUCAGAGUAUUUUAAUUGAUAAAGACCAUUUCGCAGUCACUGUUUAUCCCAGUGUUGAUUACGCUUUCAUAGUGGCAUUAAUUGUGAUUCUUAACGAGAUUAACGAAGAUGAUGAUUGAUGAUUAUGGUUUUAUAUUGAUCAAAUAUUGAGUAUUGUAUUGCCAUUUGGGAGUUCAUCUUUACUCCAUUUAUAUUUGCUCCAUUUACUCCUUUUAAAUUUACAGAUGUGUGACAUAUGGCAAAAAUAAAUCUAAAGACAGAGAUUUAAAAGACAUCAUUGCAUGCUCUCUCCACUCUCGGUCACCUAAUCUCUUUCUCCUCCACCUCCUUCAUUCUCCUCUCAAUUUCCCAAUUUCAUUGCAAAUCCAUAACAACUUGAACAAUUUUGAUGAGAUUAAUUAAUUAAA